AGCUUUAAGCAGCUUAUGUGGACUAACUCAUUUCUCAUGAUGCAAUUUUGCUUGGAUCAACCUCCCAGCGUUAAUUUUCUGAGAAGAAACCCUUGCAGUAUUUUGCUAACAAAAGAUCACUAUAAAAAGAUGGAGCCAACGUCUUCCCAACACAGAUAGCACCACCUUUUCUUUUUUCUUUUUUUUUUUUUGUAUAUUGCAAUUUACAGGGCAUGAAAUUUGGGUUGGAGCUCAUUUUUCUGCUCAUAAUCUUGGUUGGGGCGGCAACUCAUCUGGUGCUACUAAGUUGCUCAUUGUCAUCAUAUGGCGGCCUCGUUGAGCGUUCCACCAGCCGAGCUUUUGUGUUUAUUUUGUCUAAUACCAUUAUAAGCUCCAUUCUUGUCAAAAGUUAUAGGCCAUCUGCAGAAUACUACACCGAAUUCUUGCCUUGUGGAGACUUUUAUGACCAAGCAGAAGAAAAACAAAGUGAAGAGAUGAUCCGUGAUGAUAUCGAAAGCAGCUCUGCUAGCAGCAGCGAUGGUGAUGAUGAUGAAGAAGAAAAAGAAGAAGAUGAUGAUGACGAUGAUAGCGACAGUAAUGAUGAAAUUGGUUGGGGUAAUGAUGAUGAAGAAUAUGAUGAAACUUUAGAGACUAGAAUUGAGGCUUUCAUAGCCAAAGUCAUCAGUGGUUGGAAAGAAGAGCUAUUAGCAGACAAGCUCGACUGCAUACAAGUGGACUAGAUUUUAAGAGAUCCCUUGUUCAAGUUUCAGAAGCUCUGGUGGACUAUGAUAGUUGGGUUUUAUGAUUCCUUUUUUCUUGUUUUUCCCUCAGUUUGAAGAUUACAUGCCUCUCCUUUUUAUGGGGCUGUCAUCUUCAUUGUGCAAGUACAGUUUGUACAGUCAAAGCUUGGUGUAGGUGCAUGCAUUCGUGCAUGUGCUUGUGCGUGUUUUUUUUUUUUUUUUGUUAAAAAUAAAAACUAGCUAAAUAUAUUACCAGUAAAUCAAUCAUACCUUAUGUACUUGCGAGAAAGUAUGAUUUGGUCAUUUAUUUCGUGUUUGAAGCAAGUUUGGAUUGAAAUGUUUUGAAAUAAAAUAAUUUACUUUACAAAUUUCAAUCACCCUUUUAUCUUUCCAAUCGUCUUUUUAUUUCACAUACAUCACAUCACAAAAAGUAUUACAGUAAUUAUAUCAAAUAAAUCAUCCAAAUAAACUCCUAUCCAAACAAAGCCAAAAAGUAUUACAGUAAUUAUAUCAAAUAAAUCAUCCAAAUAAACUCCUAUCCAAACAAAGCCAGUGUAAGUUCUCAAUGGUUUCUGUAAGUGCUCAUUUAAACUUGAAAAAGUCCACUCAUAUUAUUCAGUUGACCACAACUUUGUGGCGAUAAUGAUUUGUUAAAUGAAACAAAGGUUAUCCUCAACACCAGUGAUGAUAUAUUUCUCUGCUUUGCCAUUUACUGGAAAAGCUCAUCUCCAGAUUAAAUAUCCCUUUCUCCCAAGAAUGUGCUUAUGAUCAUGUGGUCAACCGCAUUCGGCAAAGCCAAUAUAUCAUAAUCUAUGUGAAGGGCCGAUGUUAAGCAACUCCUAUCUACGGUAGAAACUUAAGGUCAUG